GGUGCGAAGCUUUCGUUAUUCCAUCAUGGGUAACGUUGAUUACUGUGACCGUCGUGUCCAGACAGAAAGAUGUUUAGUGGCAUCAGAUUAUUUCGCGGCUUGCGGAGGAAAUGGCGGACAUUUCUUGAUUGUUGGCGAAGCUUGUUGAUAUGACCCUGGCGCAUGGAAAAGAAGGGCAUAGUCUACCGCUGGCACCUGAGAUGUUCAAAACAAACUUCCGGGGCGCGACGAACGUCAGUCGUGCCGCGGUCAAGUUUUUCAGGGAGGUCAACGAACUUGGAAAGGGGGGGAGUGCUUUCCAAAUGAGUUCGACCAAUGUCAUCGGCCCAUUUCCCGGAUUGGGUUACUAUGCUGCGACCUGCUGUACAGCACUGCAAGGCUUCUUGGAUUGCCUCGCGAAAGAGCUGCUACCUUCAUGGAAUACAAAGCGAGAUCUGCAUCAUCGAACCUGGCGCUUUCCAAACAAAUAUUAUGGUCAUGGAGGCGAUCCUGCAGUAUCCAGCAUACACAGAAUAGUGGUUUACGACUUCUGUGUCGUAUCGCAUCGUCGAUGGUGUGGUGUCCAACAGCAUAGUGUUCAAAGUCAGAGAUGUAGAAAAGAUCGCGCGGACAAGCAGAUCGUUCUGGGGGGAAACUUUGAUAUUCAACGCUCAGUGCCGAUAGGUUUGGAAUCUUUGGAUACCAUUGAGACGUUGACCGCCAAGAUUGAGAGCUUGAAGGUGACCUUGGCUGAGACAGCGCCAUGGUCAGCAAAUCUGAACUAGUUAAUUUAUUUGGGCCGAUCGUACCUGCUAUUGCAUCCGGCGGUGGCGGGACAAUGAAGCUCGAGUGCGCCCCAAAUAAUGUCGGUCUACGAGUCGGAGAAUCACAAAAUAGACCUCAAUUAUUAUUUUUUUUGCUUCGAUGAUUCAGUUUUUCGCCCGUGACAGUACCAUUAGUAGAGCUGUCCAGACGCACAAUGUGUACUCAGUGCCUCAAAGGAGACAAGCUGAUGGUCGAGCCAUGAAUAGUAUUGCCUGGACUCGGAGCGUGGGCUGGUUCUUGAGGACAAGCU